AUGUCAAAAGUAAACGAAGAGAUCUAUCAUAUCUUUGAUGCCAAUGGAGAGAUUAAACAGAUUGAAUGCGCAUUAUCAGCUGUAAAUAACUCAAAUCCCAUUGUUACUGUGUCAUCUGAUGAACACGUGGUUUGUGUAUCUAGAAAGUACAACAAAGAGCCCUUACAGGAAGACGUUAUAUCAACAGUUAAAAAAGUUAGUGAUAAUUUAUACUUGCAGAUGACUGGAAGACUUGAUGAUAUGAAUUUUAUAUUUCGUAGAAUAGUUAAAUUAGCAAGUGAUAAGGAAUAUGAACUAGGAUGUAAAUUAACACCAGAUAUUUUUGCUAGGGUUGUUGGAGAUAAAAUGCAAAAAUACAUACAACGUAGUUCUUAUAGAAUACCUGCAUUUGCAUCUACAAUUUUUGGUAUGCAAGAUGGUAAAACAGUAGUUUAUUUUACUGAUUUAAGUGCAGUAGAAUAUCAAUGUUUUGCAAAUGCAUCCGGUAAAGAUUAUCUUAAAAUGAAUAAUUACUUAGAAAAUAACUAUUCUGAAAAUAAAUCAAAAGAAGAGCUUAUUAAUCUUGCGUUGGGAGCCUUGUUGAUGAGUAUUGGAAGAACUGCUGAAUUUACAGAAAUUGAUGCUUUUGUAUUUUCAAAGGAAGGUUUGAUCAAAUUAGAAGAUCAGGAAAUUAACAGACACUUACAAAUUGUAGCUGAAGAAUUUUAA